AUGAGCAUGGGACUGCCCCUUCGGGUGGGCCUGCUUUAUUCACUCACCUGCCCUGUGCUUCACUCACCUGCCCUGUGCUUCACUCACCUGCCCUGUGCUUCACUCACCUGCCCUGUGCUUCACUCACCUGCCCUGUGCUUCACUCACCUGCCCCGAGAUUCACUCACCUGCCCUGUGCUUCACUCACCUGCCCUGUGCUUCACUCACCUGCCCUGUGCUUCACUCUCCUGCCCUGAGAUUCACUCACCUGCCCUGAGAUUCACUCACCUGCCCUGUGCUUCACUCACCUGCCCUGUGCUUCACUCACCUGCCCUGUGCUUCACUCACCUGCCCUGUGCUUCACUCACCUGCCCUGUGCUUCACUCACCUGCCCUGUGCUUCACUCACCUGCCCUGUGCUUCACUCACCUGCCCUGUGCUUCACUCACCUGCCCUGUGCUGCACUCACCUGCCCUGUGCUUCACUCACCUGCCCUGUGCUUCACUCACCUGCCCUGUGCUUCACUCACCUGCCCUGUGCUUCACUCACCUGCCCUGUGCUUCACUCACCUGCCCUGUGCUUCACUCACCUGCCCUGUGCUUCACUCACCUGCCCUGUGCUUCACUCACCUGCCCUGUGCUUCUCUCACCUGCCCUGUGCUUCACUCACCUGCCCUGUGCUUCACUCACCUGCCCUGUGCUUCACUCACCUGCCCUGUGCUUCACUCACCUGCCCUGUGCUUCACUCACCUGCCCUGUGCUUCACUCACCUGCCCUGUGCUUCACUCACCUGCCCUGUGCUUCACUCACCUGCCCUGUGCUGCACUCACCUGCCCUGUGCUUCACUCACCUGUCCUGUGCUUCACUCACCUGCCCUGUGCUUCACUCACCUGCCCUGUGCUUCACUCACCUGCCCUGUGCUUCACUCACCUGCCCUGUGCUUCACUCACCUGCCCUGUGCUUCACUCACCUGCCCUGUGCUUCACUCACCUGCCCUGUGCUUCACUCACCUGCCCUGUGCUGUACCGCUCCUGAGCUGUGGGAAGACGGAUAAGGGGGAACACGGGCAAGGGGGAAAACGGACAAGGGGGAAAACGGACAAGGGGGAAAACGGACAAGGGGGAACACGGGCAAGGGGGAAAACGGACAAGGGGGAACACGGACAAGGGGGAACACGGACAAGGGGGAAAACGGACAAGGGGGAACACGGACAAGGGGGAAGACGGGCAAGGGGGAAAACGGACAAGGGGGAACACGGGCAAGGGGGAAAACGGACAAGGGGGAACACGGACAAGGGGGAACACGGACAAGGGGGAAAACGGACAAGGGGGAACACGGACAAGGGGGAACACGGACAAGGGGGACAAGGGGGAAAACGGACAAGGGGGAAAAUGGACAAGGGGGACAAGGGGGAAAACGGACAAGGGGGAAAACGGACAAGGGGGAACACGGACAAGGGGGAACACGGGCAAGGGGGAAAACGGACAAGGGGGAACACGGACAAGGGGGAACACGGACAAGGGGGAAAACGGACAAGGGGGAACACGGACAAGGGGGAAGACGGGCAAGGGGGAAAACGGACAAGGGGGAACACGGGCAAGGGGGAAAACGGACAAGGGGGAACACGGACAAGGGGGAACACGGACAAGGGGGAAAACGGACAAGGGGGAACACGGACAAGGGGGAACACGGACAAGGGGGACAAGGGGGAAAACGGACAAGGGGGAAAAUGGACAAGGGGGACAAGGGGGAAAACGGACAAGGGGGAAAACGGACAAGGGGGAACACGGACAAGGGGGAACACGGGCAAGGGGGAAAACGGACAAGGGGGAACACGGACAAGGGGGAACACGGACAAGGGGGACAAGGGGGAAGACGGACAAGGGGGAAGACGGACAAGGGGGAAGACGGACAAGGGGGAAAGCGGACAAGGGGGAACACGGACAAGGGGGAAAACGGACAAGGUGGAAAACGGACAAGGGGGAAAACGGAGAAAGGGGGAAAACGGAAGGGGGAAAACGGAAGGGGGAAAACGGAUAAGGGGGGAAAUGGAUGAGGGGGAAAAUGGAUAA